GCCAGCACCCGUCCUAGCUCCUCGUUGAGGACCUGCAGCUGCACUGCGCAGCGAGCCCCAGGUCAGAGAGCGCCCCGGCCUUGUUGCGCAGAAGAGCCAAGCCGCUGGCUGGGAACACCACGUGGGCUCUGCAGGGGCUGUUUCCAGGCCCUCUGAAAGCUUUCAGAAACAGGUUAUGACGUGUGGACCAGAGAUGGAUAAACUCCCUUUCCUCCAGCAGGUUGGUACCCAAGCCUGUUUGGGCACACCAAAAAUGCUGGAGGCCUUACAGAUUGGACCCACCAUUUAUUCACUGACUGCUUGCAUUAGAACAUAUCCUCUUCUCAGUUUGAUGAUAAAACCAGGCUGAAAGUGAAGAGGAGACAGUUUUGCUUCCAAAAAGAUCCAACCAAAUUCAGAGAGUGCAGUGGAGGACCCCAAGCAUCUAGAGGGUGACAGGCUUAAAGGGUCAGUGGAGCCUGGACCCCUGAAUCACUGCUUGAAUAGAAGCCACCGGGGAGAGCCUCUCAACUAGAACAUCCACACUGGAGUUUGUGCCUCAAGGUCUUAUUUUGGACAAUAAGAUCUGAACAUCUUUUUGCAUCCGCCUCCCAUAAUCCUGAAGUCAAUGAGGAUCGCUCUCCUCUCCAGACAAGACUCACCUACAAGGAAAUGCAGAAAAGAAGUCUAAGGUGUUUCAAUGAAGAGUAUCAGGAGAGCAUCUACAAAUCUCAGAGCGGCAUGUGCAAGUUCUGAAGAAUGGUGGAAUAAGCCAGUGUGUCUGGGGACCUUUGGAGACAGCUGGGACAGAGCCACAUCAGGGCAGUGACUGACACCCAACUCACAGCCCAUCUUCUCCAGACAUCAGCAUCAUCUCCUGCAAUGGGAUUUCCCGCCGAGAGCUCCUGUCUCUACCCCGAGGCCGCUGGGCACCUCCUCACCUGUGGGCCGGCCGAGUGGCAUCAGAGCCGAGUGAUGGAGUCCCAGAACCUCUCCAUGGACAUGACCGACUCCUCUCCUGCCUUGGCCAAUAACAGACUGGAGAAUGGCAUGGCCCAGUUGAUCACCACCGAGGCCUGGAACAUCAACUCCACCGACCUGGUAAAGAAGGCCCUGGUGACGGUGCCAGCCCCAUCUAUUCUGAAUCCCCCAGCCGAGUCCCAGAGUGGCAUGGCUCUGAAGGUGGCAGCCACCGUGCUGCAGCCCCUGUGCCUUGGGGAGAGCCCAGUGGUGAUGCCCAUUCACAUGCAGGUGGAGGGAAGCUCCACGCCAGAGCUCAACCCUAAUGGCAAUGCCACCUACGUCAUGACCACACAGGGCCCUGUGCAGCUGCCUGUGGUGCUGGAGCAGCAUGUCUUCCAGCACCUCAACUCCCCACUGGUCCUACCGCAGGAGGCGCCCUGCUCCUCCAGUGCCAUCCACAACAACCUCUUCCAGGGAGCCGAGGACCCUGAGGCCCAGCCCCAGCUCCUGGACCUGCGCAUCCCUAGCCAGCCGCAGGAGUCGGCGUUGCCCUUUGAGGCUGUGCUACAGAAUUUGUUCCCCUCACAGGGCGCUCUCGGCCCCCCACCCUGUCAGCCUCCUCCUGGGUAUGCCCCGGUGCCCCCUCAGCCCUUCAACUCCCCCUUGUCCCCCCUGGUCCCGCCGGCCACCCUCUUGGUGCCGUACCCUGUGAUCGUCCCCUUGCCCGUGCCGGUCCCCAUUCCCAUCCCCAUCCCGGUGCCUCAGAGUUCUGAAUCCAAGCUCAGCCCUACUUGCCCCAAGCCACCGUCUUCCUUCGGCCUACACUCCUUUAAAGGGGCCCAGACCCCGCUGGAGAAGGAGGAACUGAAGCCUUUUGACAUCCUCCAGCCAAGGGAGUAUUUCCAGCUCAGCCGCCACACAGUCAUCAAGAUGGGGAGUGAGAAUGAGGCCCUGGAUCUCUCCAUGAAGUCAGUGCCCUGGCUCAAGGCUGGCGAAGCCAGUCCCCAGAUCUGCCAGGAAGAUGCAGCCCUAGACCUGUCUCUGGCAGCCCACCGGAAAUCUGAGCCUCCCCUUGAGCCACUGUUUAACAGCCGCGGGCCAGUGGACAGCCCAGGUCACACUGUGACGGAGAAACUUCCCAGCGGCGGCGUGGAAAUGCCAUUCACCCCUGCCAGGCCUCACGAGGCCUUGGCCGUGAUGGAUGGUCGCAGCAGCAGCGCCGCCGAGCUGCACAGCCAGCCCAGCGGCGAGGUCAAGGCGGAGAAAAGCAUCGAGCUGGGGAGCGAGUCCCAGGCGGCCAAGGUAAUCGUCUCGGUGGAAGACGCUGUGCCUACCAUCUUCUGUGGCAAGAUCAAAGGCCUCUCGGGCGUGUCCACCAAAAACUUCUCCUUCAAAAGAGAAGACUCCGUGCUUCAGGGCUACGACAUCAACAGCCAAGGAGAAGAGUCCGUGGGAAACACGGAGCCCCUUAGGAAACCUGUCAAAAGUCGGAGCAUAAAGUUAAAGAAAGUGAACUCCCAGGAAAUACACAUGCUCCCAAUCAAAAAACAACGGCUGGCCACCUUUUUUCCAAGAAAGUAAAUAAUGGCUUUUUAAAGUUUUUAUGAUUAUAAUAUGGGGAAAGGUGCAUUGGUUUUAUAAAAAGGCAUUUAAAACAAAUUAUCUUUGUUAAUUAUUUGGGGGAGUAGUUGGGAAGCGGGAAGCUGAAUUGGCUCUAGAAGCCCUGUAAGCUAGUAUCAUUUUCUUUUUUAAUUUUUGACUUUUCACAGAUAAGUAAAUAAGAGCAACCUAUUUUUCAAGCAGAUUGCACAUUUUUUGCAGCUUUAAUGGAAUAUUGGGUGAAUCAGAGGGGUAAAAAAGCUAUUUUCAUUGCCACAAAGUGCUUUGAUGAUGUAAUACCUAAUAAAGGGUAGGAUGAAUAUUUCACAAUAAAUGUUUGUUUGCACUAA